AAUCAUUGCGCUCCCUACUAGAGUGGAUGUGAUGAGGGAAAAGGAGAACUCAGGUAAAAUGGGCUCGGUAGUUUGGCAGCUCGGAUCAUGUCAUUAUAGUUAUUUUACUCCUCCAUAGACAUCACUGCUGGGGUCCUCUCCCCAUCAAGGAGGGUCAUUGUGAGGCUGAGUUGUCCUCCUAUCCUGGCCACAUGGUGGACAGGGAAGGGCCUAGAGGAAGCGUUUGAUGGCAUGCAGGUAACCCCCCUUUUCACUGGAUUACAUCCAGCACUUUCCCUGCAGGAACCGGCUCCCUCGGAGGGGCGUGGCUGGGAGGAGCUGUGAGUAAUGUGCCACAGUGUUGUAAAAACCCAGUGAGUGUUAUAAAAACCCAGUCAGCCUGGCUCCUGUUGAAUAGUCUACCCCCCUUGCACUCUACCUGAGACAGCUGCAGCCUGCAAUUCACUCCCACCGCCUGGGAUUGCCCUGGAUCCGUGUGCUCAGAACAAGGUGCCCGCCCAGCUGCAGCCAUGAGGAUCCGUAGCCUCACCCUGCUCUCCUUCCUCCUACUGGCUGCUCAGGUGCUCCUGGUGGAGGGGAAAAAAAAAGUGAAGAAUGGACUUCACAGCAAAGUGGUCUCAGAACAAAAGGACACUCUGGGCAACACCCAGAUUAAGCAGAAAAGCAGGCCCGGGAACAAAGGCAAGUUUGUCACCAAAGACCAAGCCAACUGCAGAUGGGCUGCUACUGAGCAGGAGGAGGGCAUCUCUCUCAAGGUUGAGUGCACUCGAUUGGACCAUGAAUUUUCCUGUGUCUUUGCUGGCAAUCCAACCUCAUGCCUAAAGCUCAAGGAUGAGAGAGUCUAUUGGAAACAAGUUGCCCGGAAUCUGCGCUCACAGAAAGACAUCUGUAGAUAUUCCAAGACAGCCGUGAAAACCAGAGUGUGCAGAAAGGAUUUUCCAGAAUCCAGUCUUAAGCUAGUCAGCUCCACUCUGUUUGGGAACACAAAGCCCAGGAAGGAGAAAACAGAGAUGUCUCCCAGGGAGCACAUCAAGGGCAAAGAGACCACCCCCUCUAGCCUAGCAGUGACCCAGACCAUGGCCACCAGAGCUCCCGAGUGUGUGGAGGACCCAGAUAUGGCAAACCAGAGGAAGACUGCCCUGGAGUUCUGUGGAGAGACUUGGAGCUCUCUCUGCACAUUCUUCCUCAGCAUAGUGCAGGACACGUCAUGCUAAUGAGGUCAAAAGAGAACGGGUUCCUUUAAGAGAUGUCAUGUCGUAAGUCCCUCUGUAUACUAUAAAGCUCUCUACAGUCCCCCCAAAAUAUGAACUUUUGUGCUAAGUGACUGUAACGAAAUAUUUAAACAGGUUUUGUAAUUUUUGCUUUUGUCUUUUGGAAUUUGCCUUAUUUUUCUUGGAUGUGAUGUUCAGAGGCUGUUUCCUGCAGCAUGUAUUUCCAUGGCCCACACAGCUAUGUGUUUGAGCAGUGAAGAGUCUUUGAGCUGAAUGAGCCAGAGUGAUAAUUUCAGUGCAACGAACUUUCUGCUGAAUUAAUGGUAAUAAAACUCUGGGUGUUUUUCAGAAAUACAUUCAAACAUUA